AUGCUCGAAUCGCCCAAAUUUAUUGAGAAUGAUUGUUACGAUGGCAGCCGCAUGUUUACCUGGCUGGCCGACAUGGUCGGGCUGUCUGUUGAUUUGGUUAACUUUCUAAUCUGCCAAAUAUCGGCGCUCUUCCUGGCCUCACUGUUCCGCUCGUGGCUGCACCCAUCGAAAGUCUCCUAUGAGGUGCGCCAUGCCUUUGCCCUAUCGCUUGGCCUGGCCUUCGGCUACUUUUGCUUUGGCCAACAGGCAAUACAUAUUGCCGGCUUGCCGGCCAUAUGCUUCAUAGUUAUACGCACACAGGACCCGCGCAUUGUACAACGAAGCGUCUUGCUGGUUGCCAUGGGCUAUUUGCUGUGCGUUCAUCUAAUGCGGCAGAUUUACGACUAUGGUUCCUAUGCAUUGGACAUAACUGGACCGUUGAUGAUCAUCACCCAAAAGGUGACCAGUCUGGCCUUCAGUAUACACGAUGGUUUUGUCCGUAAAGACGAGGACAUGACAAAGGCUCAGCAAUAUCAUGCGAUUAGAAAAAUGCCUUCAGCAUUGGAAUACUUCUCAUAUGUGUGGCACUUUCAGAGUCUGAUGGCCGGACCGUUGGUCUUCUACAAGGACUACAUUGAAUUUGUCGAGGGCUACAAUCUAUUAAAGCGUCCGACGAGCAAUGCAACUUUAGAUAAUGGCAGAUCCGAAUUGGUAGUCGAACCGUCGCCAACGAAAACAGUCAUACGUAAAGUUCUUGGCAGCAUGGUUUGUGCCUUCAUAUUUAUGAAGUUUGUAAAAAUAUAUCCAGUGAAAAAUAUGAAAGAAGACGACUUUAUCGACGGCAACAGUAUACCCUAUAAAAUCUGGUAUGCCAUGAUGGCAACCACCUGCAUACGCUUUAAGUAUUAUCAUGCCUGGCUCCUCGCCGAUGCCAUAUGUAAUAAUUCGGGUCUGGGUUUCACCGGCUACGACAAGGAUGGCAAUGCCAAAUGGGAUCUCAUUUCCAAUAUAAACGUGCUCUCAUUCGAGUUCGCCUCCAACAUGCGCGAUGCGAUCAACAACUGGAAUUGCGGCACGAAUCGCUGGCUACGCACACUCGUCUACGAACGCGUGCCCAAGAAGUAUGGCACUCUGUUGACAUUCGCCUUAAGCGCUGUGUGGCAUGGCUUCUAUCCGGGCUACUAUUUGACUUUUGCCACAGGUGCCUUGAUGGUAACGGCCGGACGUACAGCACGCCGCAUGCUUCGCUAUCGAUUCCAGAGCACACAGUUCACGCGCAUGUUCUACGACAUUCUCACCUGCAUCACAACGCGCAUCGUGAUGGGCUACACCACAUUCCCAUUUGUUAUGCUUGAAUUUAUGGGCAGUAUCAAAUUGUACCUGAGAUUUUAUUUGUGCCUUCAUCUUAUUUCACUAGUGACCAUAUUUAUUUUACCACGCUUUAUACGCGGCGAACAGCGUGCCCAGCGUUCCAGUGGAACGGAUGUAACUGCUGGCAUAGCCGAGAGCGAGCAAAAAUCUUUUGCCGGUCAGCCGCUUCUGGCAGCUCAGAAUGAUCUCAAAGCCAACCAGCAGGAUGUUGCUGAUGACGACAAACAACUGUUCGAUAAGCAUGCUAAACGUAAUGACAAAAUGCCACAGCAACACCAACAACAACACCAAGAACAACAAAUUAGCCAGCCUCUAAUACUCCAACCACGCCCACAGCAACAACAGCAGCAGGUGCAAUCGCACCAGGUACAACCGGCGCCCCCAACUCCGAAUCUGACGUGCGCCCGAGACGCGGUUAGUGUGCCGCAUGAUCAAUGCGAAAUGGACCAAUUAUCGAGCAAACUAAAAGAGAAGAUCGAAGCGGAGACCAAAAAUAUUGAGGAAUUUAUUGAUAAGACUGUUACUGAAACCGUUAGCGGCAUCGUUGAAUUCAAAAACGAUUUGAUGCGAGACAUUGAGUUUCCCAAACUGAAGCUGGCCGCCGGCCAGGUGACCAGCAGUGCCGCCAACCUAGUGGAUGCGGCUGCCGCCGGUCUACGCAAGCGCAACAUAUCCCAUGACAACAAUACAAGCAACACGAACUCUUCCAAUGCCCAAUCGGAUCACGACGAGAACGGCAGCAGCAACGGCAAUGGCGUGGGUGGGGUCGUCGGCGGAGUUUUCCUCAAAAAGGAAAUCGACGUCAUCAAUGCUGUGGUGCAGCAGGCAAAUGUCUUGCCAGCGGUGCUCAGCAACGGCCAUGCCAAAUAGUAGACCUAAGCGUUAAUUUCAACAACUACAGUAAAACGGCAACUGCAACAAUUGAAAAUUUAACUGUAAAAACGGCUGGGAAAAAAAAAUGGAAUGAUGGAAACUUAGAAUUGGGUUUAUGAGACGGGGCAAGCACAAAGAGCUUAGAUGAUGAAGAAAAAACAGCUUAAAUACACAUACACACGAACACAAAGAAACAAGCACACAUACACGCACACACACACAGAAUUGCA